GAGUCGAUGAAAAGCAUUGUCAUCAAUUCCUAAACCCACAAGCUUCUCAAUCUCGUUUGAUUCGAACCUACGAAAUUAACGUUCACUUUUGAUUCGAUUUCUGUUGUUUCGGGCACCAUGAGCUUCAUCUUUGGAAAGAGAAAAACACCCGCAGAACUUCUGCGGGAAAACAAGAGAAUGUUGGACAAAUCAAUUAGAGAAAUAGAACGAGAGAGACAGGGUUUACAGUCACAAGAGAAGAAACUGAUUUUGGAGAUAAAGAAAAGUGCCAAACAAGGCCAGAUGGGAGCUGUUAGAGUGAUGGCAAAAGAUCUAAUUAGAACAAGGCAUCAGAUUGAAAAGUUUUAUAAGCUGAAAUCACAGCUCCAGGGUGUUUCACUCAGAAUUCAAACUUUGAAAUCAACACAAGCAAUGGGCGAGGCAAUGAAAGGUGUGACUAAGGCAAUGGGACAGAUGAAUAGGCAGAUGAACUUGCCAUCUUUGCAGAAAAUCAUGCAAGAGUUUGAGAGACAGAAUGAGAAGAUGGAAUUGGUUACUGAGGUAAUGGGAGAUGCAAUAGAUGAUGCUAUGGAAGGGGAUGAGGAAGAAGAAGAAACAGAAGAACUAGUAAACCAGGUUCUUGAUGAGAUUGGAAUUGACAUAAACCAAGAGCUUUUGAAUGCACCAUCAACGGCUGUUGCUGCCCCAGCUGCAAAGACUAAGGUGCCUCAAGUUGAAACUACUGGGAAUGAUGACGCUGGAAUAGAUAGUGAUUUACAGGCAAGGUUAGACAAUUUAAGAAAAAUGUAAUCUUCAUUCUGAUAUAGGGACUCCAGUUUUAUUGGAAAAACUGGAGCUCAUUUUUACCAUGUAGUAUAAUUAAGAAGUUGUUCGAACUCAUCAUUAUGAAUAAAAUGGAUUUAAAGAAAGAGAAAAAAU